AGCAGAGUCUUAACAAGAACACAGAUAGCUUCUCGGCCACCUUACAUUCGCGGAAGUUGUCGAAUCAAUGUUCAAUGUUCGAAAAAGCAUGGAAGACUUGUAUACAUAGCAAUACACCAAACCCUGUUUUACAUUAAUUGCUUUCCUUACCAUAGUUUUCAGGACUUUCGACAUGGAAGAUGAAUGGGAAGAGGAGGAGCAGAUCGUUGUGGUGGAGCUCUCUGGUAUCAUCAACAAUGACUUCCUGUCCAAGUGUCGAGGAACAUGCAAGAUACUGGAUAUUGACAGUGAGAAGCCCAUGAUGCAGGUUGGACAAUAUGUGUUUGCUGGGGAAUAUGAAGAUGCUUUGGGAACCUGUGUGCUGUUCGAGGAGGGACCAACAAAAGGAAAAGCAGAAAGUUGUCCAGAGCUCAAGUACAUGUGCCACACCACUAAAAAACUGAUGAUGCAACGAAUAUUCCUUGUUGAGAAGAAGGAGGGUGAAACCAGCACAGGAGGUGGUGACAGCGGUAAACAGAUGGACACAUUGUGUCAGUCAAAUCAAGAAGAAAAUGCCAACAAACAUUGAGAGACAGAAGACAUUAUGGACAACACAGAUUUGGAAGACUCAUCAGUGGGUUGAGAUAUUCAGUCUUUGCUGUAUUAUGACAUUCCUACACAAGUUUAAAAAUGUUUGUGAGUAUAGGAGGGACUGUCAGAACCAGAGGACUCAAAAAGUUCAGUCAUACUGUGAGGUGGCAGUACUAUGCACAUUUUGACUUACAAUGCUUUACAUGUAAUGCCUUUUCUUCCCUAAAAUAAAAAAUGAGUAAAUGUAACAUUUGAAGGACAACAUAAAUAUGGCUAAAUAAAACCUUAAAUGGAAUAGGAUUUUAAUGUGUUUAAUUUAAAUUUUCAAACAAUGUGAUCCAUUACAUUCUUUCCACAUAGGAAGGGUCUUGGAAAGGGCAGUCACAGAAAUGUGGGUCAAGAGCUGAGCUCAGCAGCAGGAAAUCCUGUCAUUGUGCUUCUCUGAUAUCAUUGAGUAUUUUUUCUACUUAGCAUGAUGAAUGUUUAACCAGCAGAGGGAGAUAAAUCUGCUUCAGCUUUAAUGUUUAAGUAGAAAAUAUGUCAUGUAUCCAUUCAAAGAAGUGGGAAGAGCAUGAAGACCUUUUGAUCAAUGUUUUUUUAUCAGCACUGCUCUGACUUUUGAUUUAUGAAGUUAAAGCCAGCAGAAAUAAAGGCUUUUCUAAUUU